CGCUCCAUCAUUUUCACGGGAGAGAGUGUCGGUGGUGUAAAUAGGGAACUCAAAGCCCUUUGGGUGUUAAGCUUUCCAUUUCAGCUUCCAGAACCACAGAAACAGUCACUCGCUCUCCUAUACCAAAUCCUUGUUAACCUAAAUCAGGUGAGAGGGAGGGAGAGGGAGGGAGAGAGAGAGAGAGACAAUGGGGGUGGACUUGAGGCAAGUGGUGGCCGGGAUACUCACGCUCACCAUGUUCGUGAUGCUCGGGAACAUGAUCAAGCGUGACCAUUUUGAUUCUGCCGAAGAAAAACUUCCAGGCGGCGCAAGCAAUGUUAAUUUAGAUGGUGGUGAACUUGGGGAGCAGGGUCUUGUUUCUCUUUCGAAAAGGAAUGGGGGGCUUUGGAAGGAGGACGACCAACAACUAAAACCGUGUUGGGAUAAGCCGGUUCUGGACGAUGUAGAGCCCACGGACGGUUUUGUCACUUUCUCAUUAACUAAUGGCCCUGAGUACCAUGUCUCACAGAUUGUUGAUGCAGUUGUAGUGGCAAGAUAUCUUGGAGCGACUCUUGUCCUUCCUGACAUUAGAGGAAGCAAACCAGGUGACGAGAGGAGCUUUGAAGAUAUUUAUGAUGUUGAGAAAUUUGUAAAAAGCUUGGAUGGGGUGGUGAGAGUGGUGAAAGAGCAGCCAGCUGAGAUAUCAACGCGAAAUCUUGCUGUUGUGAAAGUCCCUAAUCGGGUAACGGAAGACUACAUUGUGGAACACGUCAAACCAAUUUAUAAGCAUAAGGGCAACAUACGGCUGGCUACUUAUUUCCCUUCAGUGAACAUGAGAAAAUCAGCAAAAAACGGUUAUGAUUCAGUUGCAUGUUUGGCAGUGUUUGGAACUUUGCAGUUGCAACCUAAGAUUCAGGAAGUUGUUGACUCAAUGGUUGAGCGUUUAAGAACUUUAAGCCGAAAGUCAGAUGGCCAAUUUAUAGCCGUAGACUUGAGGGUUGAUAUGUUGGAGAAGAAGGGUUGCCUUGAAAAUGGUGAAGCUGGAACAAGAAGUUGUUAUAAUGCACAAGAGAUUGCUGUUUUUCUGAGGAAGAUCGGAUUUGACAAGGAUACCCCAGUCUAUUUGACUGAAUCAAGGUGGGAAAGCAGCCUUGAUGCUCUAAAGGAUCACUUCCCUAAAACUUAUACAAAGGAAAGCAUAAUACCUGCAGAUAAAAAGGCGAAGUUUUUGGAUUCUGAAGGUUCUGAAUAUGAAAAGGUUAUCGAUUUCUAUAUAUGUUCUCAGAGUGAUGUUUUUGUACCAGCCAUCUCUGGCCUUUUCUAUUCCAAUGUGGCUGGUAAGAGAAUCGCUGCUGGUAGGACUCAAAUACUUGUUCCAGCCAAUAUUCCAGAAUCCUCUGCUUCUGCCUCAGAUUUCAUCACUCAUUACGUUUCCAAGAAGAAUCACUUGGCCUAUUCAUGUUUCUGCUAGUUUCAUUCAAAGAAGGUAAUGCUUGCUUUACGAUUUACCUUGGUCAAAGCUCUGCGACGGGUCAAAUAUAUUAUUCAAUACGUAAUAUGGGGUUGGAAGUACCCUAAACAGAAGCUUUUCUAUUUGGGUGAUUUCUUAAAUGUUUUUUCAAUAGGCAGGAAGUUUCCAAGCUGUUCUAGUUUAUAUGUUGUAUUAUAUAUGUUCACAAACAUUUCCCUAUUUCUAUCCUUUGUAACAUUUGAAUCCAAGUUUUUUCAUAUUUGUUGAAUGAAAGGAUUGUUUGUAGUAA